CGUCGACCACCGCAGGCCCCGACACCCACCCUCCGCGACGAAUUAUACCACCCAGCUCGACUUCGCUUCCUCGUCGGACUGAAUUCUCGCAACAAUGGCGACCGAGUUGACCGUCCAGUCGGAACGUGCGUUCCAGAAGCAGCCUCACAUCUUCGUCAACCCCAAGGCUCAGGCGAAGAGCAAGAAGGUUGGCACCGGCCGCCGUUGGUACAAGGAUGUCGGUCUUGGUUUCCGUACCCCCAAGACCGCCAUUGAGGGCUCCUACAUCGACAAGAAGUGCCCCUUCACCGGUCUGGUUUCCAUCCGUGGCCGUAUCCUGACCGGCCGUGUCGUCUCCACCAAGAUGCACCGUACCAUCGUCAUCCGCCGUGAAUACCUCCACUACGUCCCCAAGUACAACCGUUACGAGAAGAGACACAAGAACCUUGCCGCUCACGUCUCUCCCGCUUUCCGUGUUGAGGAAGGUGACUGGGUCACCGUCGGCCAGUGCCGUCCCCUCUCCAAGACUGUCCGCUUCAACGUCCUCCGUGUCCUUCCCCGUACCGGUAAGGCCGUCAAGGCUUUCUCCAAGUUCUAAGCGUCUCGAUGAGGAAGGGUGUGUUUUCGCGAGGACGAACCUAGGGCAGCGGCGUGACUGGAUAUAAACGGAAUAGUUUCUCGGGUUGGGAUUGUUUCACGAUUUCAUGUCCCAGGUACCCUUGUGGAAGGAAUAUCCAAUGAAAAAAUUACUUUGAUUCUCCCACAUAGACUUUUUAUAUCUGUACGAGAUCUCAGAGCACUGAGGGAGAGUUCAGUAUGCUAGUGUGAAAUCUAGCCUUUCUAAUCGAG